UAUCUUCAAAGAGUAUUGAACAUAAAGAUACAGAAACAAAUCUACAGUCAAAGCUAUGGUCAACUUCCUUCUUAAAAGAAAGCACAGUGUGAUGAGUCAAUGAACAGGCUGGAUACCCACUGGGAGAUCAGAGUGGCUGUGAGCUGAUGGACACCAUAAAGGACACAGAAUCAGGUGAGGUGGGCAAAAAUGAAGUCAUUGCAAAGCAGGAGAAAAAUAAUGAAAAUUGCCUUCAGGUUAUUGAUGAUAAAUUGUCCAAGUCAACAAAAGAUGAUGGUGAAGAUGACACCAGUGAUGAAAGUAAUGAAGACAGUGGCCCAAAAAAGGACACUCGUGCCCCAUUAGAGUUAAUGGCAGAAUUCCUAAGAGCAGAAAUGAGCCAAGACUACCAUUUGGCUAAAAAAUUAUGUCAAAUGAUCCUAAUCUAUGAACCAGAAAAUCCUGAGGCCAAGGAGUUCUUAGUACUUAUUGAAGAAAUGUUGCUGAUGGAGAAAGCUCAAAAUCGUGAGGAAGAUGAGGAAGAUAGUGAAGAAGACAGUAGUGGGGAGAGUGAAGGAGAAAGCAGUGAGGAGCCGAGUGAAGAAAGCUCUGAUGAAUGUGAAGAUGGGUGAUGAAAGGUGCUACUAUGGUUUAAUCUUCAUAUAUUUUCAUUACUAUAUAGCAUGGAAAUAUAAAGAAGAAAACUGCAUUUUAUUCUUCUUUAUUUGGUAUAGAGGUACUUUAAUUUAUCCAUAUUAGUUUGAACUCCUUCCUAAUAUUAAGGUCUUGAUUCAAUGUGAGUUACUCAGAGAGGAAAACAAUUUAUAUUUGAAAACACAUCGCACUAUGUGCCAGGUACUGUUCUACACACACUACUUAAUGCAACAAACCCAUGAGGUAAGUACUAUUGUUAUUCCCAUUCAGCAGAUGAGAAAACUGAGGCACAGAGAGGAUGGGUAGCUUGCCCCGGCAUCAUAUACCUAUUGAAUGGUAGAGCCUGGAUUUGUACAUGGACAUUAUAGCUCCAGAAUCAUACUCUUAGUCCCUCCAUGACCACCUCUUUAGGUAUUUUUAUAUCAUUUUUUAUGUUCUUUAUAACAUAUAUCAGUACCCGACAUUCUUAUUUAAUUACUUGCCCUUUUUAUCUUCUCCCUUCCAGUCAGGAAACGUAACCUCCUGAAGUACGACUUUGUCUUUUUCACCAUUGUAUUUCUAGCAACUGCACAAGUACCUGGAAAAUAAUAGGAUGUAUACACAAAGUGAAUGAAUGUAGUGAAAACUAAUGAAAUGUUUAUAUUCUUUUAUGAAACAUUUACACAACUAUAUUACACCUUUGAUGUAUUAAUCUAAAUUAUUUUGCUGAUUCUGUAUUCCUCGAUAAAUUUCUGCCAUCUUCAAAAUAGGUUGUAAGGUAACUAAGGUAAAAAUAAGAAAUAUAUUCCUAAGUAAUUUGU